AUGCCAGGCGGCGAGGGGUCCCCGAUCAAUCUCCUCGACCACCGUGCAUCGACCACCUCCGGCGAGUGCGCGAACAGUGACGAAGAUGAGAGGACGACGGACAACGUUUCCAGCACGAUGACGACCGUCCUCGCGGGCGACGGUCUUAGACGGAGGAAGGUCAUACAUGCGGCCAAAGAAACUUUCGACAAGGCAUCUCGUCUCCUCAGACGGAAGAUACCAUGCACAGGCCACUUGAUGACCCCCCGCCGCCUAUGGAUACAAAAGGUUCCAACUCAGGAAUGCGACGUCGUGGUGAUGUUCCCAAGUGGAACGAGCGACGAAACCCUGAUGUGGCUGCUAGGUCGACUUCGUGCCGGAACUCCAGGCCUGGUGGUGCACGUGCGGCAUCACGCCUCGUCUGAUAGUUACGGCUUCUACUUAACAGCUCCCUUUAGCGUAUUAUUGAAAGCUGCCGAAGAGGUGCAUUUACCGAAGACCCUGCGACAAGAGUUUGGCGGAGGAUUGAAGGAAUUCGUAGGCUCCGAGUCGAGCUGUUUCGAAGGUAGCGACGACGAGGCUCGAUUCUUCACCACCCAAGAGAGGCAAUCGCUCGUUCUGCAUCUGCUUCACACGCUCAGAGCGGGCCCCCAGGAUCUUCACAGUUUACCCGGGCUUAAAAUGGUCGAGGGUCAAGCAAUUAUUCCAAAGUGCAUCUCCGCUGGGAUCAUAUCUCAGGUUUUCCCUCUUCACGAAUUGCCCGCAUUGGAAAAACUACAACGGACGUGGGUCCGCGCGUUUCUUAGUCCCCAACCCCUGGACGAUAUUUGUAAAUAUUUCGGAGUCAAGAUUACCAUGUACUUCGCGUGGCUCGGCCAUUACACCACCGCUCUGAUUGUUCCAGCUGCAGUGGGUGCCAUAUAUUGGAUCGGCAUCAUCGGCAGGAAUCAAGCGGUCGAAGACGUAGCUUAUGUACUUUUCUCGGUCUUCAACGUAAUCUGGGCCACCGUUUAUUUGGAAACCUGGAAAAGAAGGGGUGCCGAAUUGGCCUACAGGUGGGGUACUUUGGAUCAAAGAGACGACCUACUUGUCGAGCCUAGGCCUUUAUUCACGGGCACGUUGGAAACUUCACCCGUGACUGGAAGACUGGAACCAACUUAUCCCAGAUGGAAGAGAAACAUGUUCCGGUACUUCGUCAGCGUUCCCAUCAUCGCCGCGUGUUUGUUCUUCGUUUUCAUCGUGAUGAUACUCAGCUUCCAAAUACAGGAUUGGUGGGACGCUCGUCUGGAGUCGAGGGGAUACGGAUUUUGGUUGAGUUAUGUGCCAAAAGUUUUGCUGGCGGUGGUGAUAGCAUUAAUGGACGAGGCUUACUUCAAAGUCGCCAUAUGGUUGAACGAUAUGGAAAACUAUCGGCUAGACACCGAGUACGAGAAUCAUCUAAUCUACAAGGUGGCACUGUUUCAGUUUGUAAACUCCUUCCUAUCGCUAUUUUACAUCGCCUUCUACCUACAGGAUCAAGAAAGGCUCAAAGAGCAAUUGGCAGCACUGUUGAUCGCUCGCCAAGUGAUUGGCAACCUGAAAGAAUCCGCUGUGCCGUAUUUGAUCGAGCAGUUGCGAUUGGCUCGGCUCAGCUUCGAGCUUUUCGGCGCGUUGAGCCCGAGCGAGGCUAGGCCACCACCUGGCGAGGAAAGGGAGAAUCAAAAGGAAGUGGAUGACAAGGGGGAACGCUCGGACGGGGGGAAGUCGAAGCAACCGAGAAACGUUAGCCAAGCCGAAUUGGAGAGUUCCCUCUACAGAGUAGGGCAUCCCACUAAUUCUCUACUUAGUGACGUUACGUUCAAGGUAUCGAGCAAAAAGUACGAUGGGGCGUUUUCGGAACAUUUGGAGAUGCUGUCACAAUUGGGAUACGUGUGUCUGUUCUCCUCAGCCUUCCCCUUGGCUGCCAUGGCUGCCCUACUUGGAAACCUUCUUGAACUACGAGGCGACGCUUUCAAACUUUGUUUCGUUCUUCAACGACCAUUUGGUCGAAGGGUUUCCAACAUUGGAACUUGGCAAAACGCGAUGGAGGCUAUGGGUUUGGUCGCAAUUCUGGUAAAUUGCGCUCUGAUCGGGUUGAGCGGGCAAGUGCAACGAAUGUUUCCAGAAAUGUCUGCCACGCAAACGAUUUUGCUUAUAGUCGCGCUCGAGCACAUCAUGCUCGGUAUACGAUUUAUCAUAAUCUGCGCGAUCCCGGAUAUUCCGCAUUGGGUUGCCACGGAAAUGGCCAAGGUAGAAUUUUUGAGGAGAGAAGCGGUCAGGAGACUUUCCUCCACCCCGUCCCCUGAACAACAUCCAGCCACAGUGAUAGGGAGAUUCGUGGUGAGUCCAGCAGACGGUGAGAGCGAAGAACAACUGCUUUCCAAUCGUACCGGUGACGCAACGUCCUCCAGCCUUCCGGACACACCGACCCUAGCAUCGUCCACCCAGACACCCAGUAGCCCCCCAACACCUAGCGCAGCAUCCGUGCCAAGGAUCGCGGAAACACCUUCUGUGGUCCAGACUCCUGGUAGCGCGAGCAGCAGCGAAUUUGCCACCCAUUUCCCAACCGAGAACAGCAUGGGCAGCGUUCGUGAUAUUCACAAUUCACCUAGAUGCUCUAUUCCUGGCGGAGAACGAGGAAGGCGUUCGAGGGAAUGGCUUCAGAAUGAAUCGGAGGCGUCGGGUGGAACCGAUCACUACAGCCAUCAUUUAACGAUCGGCCCUCACGGAGGCGUGGACUGGGUUCGAAGAUUGGGCCUCGAAGCUGGUGGGCGGAAGUCUAGCGAUUCUGAGAUCAGCGGUGCCGGUACCGUCGGCACGGGGGACGAAUUAACUCUUCACAGAUCCACCGAUUGUAUCGUUUCGAAAGAGCUUGCCUCCUCGUCAGACAGUGAUCUUCUUAGGUCUGCUCCACCAUGGACGGUGGCUCAUAGGAAUCAAAAGUUUCGAUUCUCCCCUGAAAGGGAAAGAGAACGGGAAAAGACAGAGAAGCAACAAUAUCAGCAUCAUCAACGAGAGAUUCAGGAUCACAAACAGCAAUUAUCUUAUUACGCCGAGAAGGAGAAGGACAGCGGUCUUUCAGACUCGAGCAAAACUAUCUCCAGCCAAGAAGAGGAGAAACCGUCGAAGGAGGAAAGGGAGGCAAAGAAGACCAGAGUGAAACAGAGUUUGAUGAAGAGAGCCAGAUCUGUGGCGAUCUUUUCGUUGAAGUUGAAAGAAAGGAGAGCAAGGGAGGCGGAGAAAGCCAAGGAGGCGGAAAGAGAAGCUAGAUGGCAGCAACCGCAAUCGUGCGUUGGUGGCGAACUCUCUUGCAUCCCCAUAGAGAAGCUUAUAUCCGUAGACGACAUCGCAGCAAUGGAAUUACGCAGACUUAAUCAUUAGCCGCUUAAACGUUUCACUUUCGUUUUACACGCUACACUAGAAACGUUCGUCUGCGCCAGUGAUACUCGCUACGGAACAAAUGUUACAUAAUAAUAAGAAUUUUGCAGAAUCCGUGAGGCCAUAUCAACAAUAAUAUAUCCGAGAAAAAAAAAAGAAAGGAUUCUGUGAAUUAAUCGAUUUGUAACUUACGUUAUUAUGUAAAUAUUGAGAGAAGAUAAAUAAGAUAACGCACAUAAAAAAAACAGAAGAAUUCAAAUGAGAAAUGCAAAGGGAAGGGGGAGAUAAACGACACGAAGAUUUAUUGCUGCAAUAACUUUUUUAUAUUAUUUUUUUUUUAUAUAUGUAUAUAUUUUUCAAAAAUCUUGUUCCUCGGUUUAUCUCUUAAUGUUAAACGCGAAGCUGAUAUUAAUUGGGAUUUUUAUUGUUGAACGAAAACUUGCUCAAUUUGAAGGACAAUGCUAUUCCCUGUUUUGAUCAUAUCGCUAAAAAAUGAUGAAUUACAAUCCUACGAGAAUUCGUAUUAACGAUUUCGAAUAUUAUCGAUUUCGAAUAUAUAUCGAUUUGAUAUGCAAUUUGCAUACCGUGACAAAAUUUCGAGUGAGUAUCAUUUGUGCAUGUGAAAAAUGCGCACCGAACAACUCAUGAGAAUUUAUAGAAAUGUUAAAAAGUCUGAAACUACGAUCGUUCAGUUUUAUCUGGAAUCGUGAUUUCGAAACGAUCGAUGAUAAAAAUGGCGCACAAAGUAAAUUGAAAAUUUUAGACAGAGAUUCUAUAGAAGAAAGUUUAGGAUAUCAUUCUUAAAAAAUCACAUUUUUGGUAGAUUAGUCGAUACCUCGACGUUGUAGACUGUGAAUUUUAAGAUACAUUUCGUGCCAUACUACGUAACGACUGUUUUUGACUUCCUUGUAAUUUAAAAAAAUAAUAAUAUGAAUUUACAAAUCUUUAAUUUAAAUUAACUUUUUCGAAAUGAAAAUGACACGUGUAAACAUAUAUAUUUUUAAUUUUUAGCAAGAAUAUAUUUAUUUAAAUUUAAAUUAUUUAUAAUCUUUUAUUUUGUAUGAAACAAAGAAAGACAUAGGAAAAUAAUGGGAAAAAAGUAAGAAAUAUAAAAUUAAAUUACAAGAAAGUUAAAUUACAGGUGUGCACGUAUCAAGCGUAAAAUUUAAUCCUCUUGUUAUAUACCGAUAUAAUAUUGACUGUAUAUUGUUAAAAAUAUUAAAAAAGAAACAAGAGAAUGUAAAAUUUUGUUAAAAAAUUCUUUCUUUUUUUAGUAGAAUUCUUAUAAUAGCUAGUUUGGAACAUUAAAUGUGUGUUUCACUUUGAAAAAAUCGUCGAUCGAUUUUAAACAGAAAUUUUUUUAAAAAGUGGCAUUGAAUAAAUCGAUUAAUCGAUUAAUAUACUGGCUGAAAAAAGAAAAAACAUUACGACAUUUGUAAAUUAUGUAAGCUGCUGCUAGAUGGAAAUAUUGAUAUAUACGAUCUGAAGACAAAAAGGGAUGACAAAUGAUCCUAUUGUUGUUGCUAAAGUAUAAGUUGUUACUUAAUGUUACUUAGAUGUUUAUCGGUUAAUGAACUUAUGCUAAAUAGUUCUGUACGAUACAACGUACAAAUUGCACACAGUUCACACGCGCCUACUUUUCCAACAAAAUUAUUAAAUGCAGUUUUCGUUCAACGAAGCAUCGUACAUCUAUAAAACGUAACGAUAUUUUGUUGUGCCGCUUGAUGGAAGCGAAAUGGUGAAAAAAUUAAAAAAUAAAAAACAGAAGCCUUAGAUGAAAGGAAAAUUAGCUCGAUUGAUAAGCGAUAAAUCGUAGGGACCGUUUUUGUAUAUAGCGAAUCGUUUAUGAGCGAAUAGUAAAAUUUGGUUCCAUGGCCUAGUUAACAUCCCCGUCCGUUGCUGAAGUAGUUCACAGUUCUUCACUUGAGAGGCACUUUUUAAGAACUUUACGUUUGGAAUUUUUAAUGACCACCAUGAGUAAUAAAUAGUGUUUAUGAUUAGAUGCGUCGACAUACAAGCACAACUGCAAGUUGAAGCAAAAAAAACCAAUAUCGCAUUGUAUUUUAGUGUGCCCUUUGGGAACUGCAAGACUAGGAAACCGUGAAACCGAUAGAUUAGUCGCUUUCGUGAGGCGAAGUUUUAAAACAAAUGUCAGCGGAAAGCAUCUGUGUUUCUUAGAUGUUUUGUAUAAAACAGAAACUGAGCCAAUAAAAACAUUCUACGAAGAAA